CCUCUCUCUCUCUCUCUCUCUCUCUCUCUCUCUCUCUUUUGCUCAUUAAAAUAGAAUAAGAUAACCUCAUAUCAUAUCAUACCAUACCAUUGUGAUUGAGACACACAAUUCCCUCUCCCUACUUUCUUACUGUUAUCCAUGAAAUGAAAUUAAUAGCUUAAUAUUGAUCCAUAGAGAAGACUAGGGGAAUUGUUUGCAAUGUCAACCGUGAGCAACUCAACAAAUAUAUUUUGGCAAGAAUGUCAAGUAGGAAAGCCUGACAGGCAGAAGCUACUUAACCAAAAGGGAUGCGUUGUAUGGAUUACUGGGCUCAGCGGAUCAGGAAAAAGCACAUUGGCAUGUUCUUUAAGCAGAGAACUACACUCGAGGGGAAAGUUAUCUUACGUCCUUGAUGGAGAUAACCUUCGGCAUGGACUAAACAAGGAUCUUGGUUUUAAACCUGAAGACCGCACUGAAAAUAUCCGCAGAACUGGAGAAGUGGCAAAACUCUUUGCUGAUGCUGGUCUAAUAUGUGUCGCGAGUCUGAUAUCUCCUUAUAGAAGAGAUCGGGACAGUUGCCGUGCUAUGUUGCCUGAUGCAAAUUUUAUAGAGGUCUUCAUGAACAUGCCACUAGAAUUGUGCGAGUCACGGGAUCCAAAAGGCCUCUAUAAGCUUGCUCGUGCUGGAAAGAUCAAAGGUUUUACUGGCAUUGAUGAUCCUUAUGAACCACCCAUAAAUUGUGAGAUAGAAAUAAAGCAGGAAGUUGGAGUUUGUCCAACACCAAGUAUAAUGGCUGGACAAGUAGUUUGUUACUUGGAGGAGAAAGGAUUUCUUGAAUGUUAGGGAUUUGAUAGUUAUUAUCUAUUAGAUGAUCAUUUGUAAUGUCAGUGUUCUCUAACUAUAAUGUUUCUUCUAAUUGAAGUU